AUGGCAUCCAGCAAACCCUCAUACCUCGUCGUCGGCGCCGGCGUCUUUGGCAUCUCGACCGCCUACCACCUCAUCAAGAAGUACCCAGACCGCCAGAUCACAGUGGUCGACCAAGACGCCUGGGACGCCGAGAGCCGCGUCGCUGCCUCGUGGGAUUGGAACAAGGUUGUGCGCGCCGACUACGACGAUCUCAUCUACUGCCGGCUUGCUCUCGAGGCCCAGGAUGUCUUCAAGCAGGAUCCCCUCUGGCAGCCCUACUUCCAUGAGACGGGCAUCUUCUGGGUCUGCCGCUCAGACUAUGCACAGGAUGUCAUUGACAACUACAAGAAGCUUGGCCGCGAGGCAGACCUCCAGGCUGUCUCUGUUGAGGAGGCAAAGAAGAUGUUUGGUGGCCUCUUUGACGAAGCCAACUACGACGGUGCCAAGAGCGUCCUUGUCAACAAGACCAGUGGCUGGGCUCAGGCUGGCGAUGCGCUGAGAGCCGUUACCAAGUGGUCGAUUGAACAGGGCGUCAAGUACGUGACGCAAAAGGUCGAGAGCCUCGAGUUCGACAGUACUGGCCGUUGCACUGGCGUCAGGACAGAGCAGGGCAACACGCUGUCAGCCACACACACGAUUCUGUCUACGGGUGCGUACACGGCCAAGCUCCUCGAGCAGGCCGCCCACAAGAGCGGGAAUCCAAACCUCCGUGCUGGAUCGCGAAUUGUUGCUGGUGGUAUCACGACGGGCAUGACGACGCUCGACGAGCAGUCGUACGAGAAAUUCAAGCACAUGCCCGUUGGCGUCCAGGGCUACACAGCCGCAUACGGCCCCUUCAUCGGCAGCCUGCCGCCCACCAAGGACCGCGAGCUCAAGUGGUGGGGCGAGAAGAUCUUCAAGAACACACACGAAGUCCUCCCUGGCCGCUUUGUCUCUGCGCCUCCAUCGUCAAAGGACUACAGCCAAUGGGACGUGCCCGGCCCGCUGAAGCUCGAUAUUUCCCACGCCAACCACGUCUUCUACGGCAAGAAGGGCGCAAACUGGAAGAUGGACAAGCACCGAAUUUGCUGGGACGCCUUCACCACGUCAUCCGACUUCAUCAUCUCGCCGCACGCCGCCGCAAAGGGCCUCUACGUCGCAACAUGCGGCUCGUUCCACGGCUACAAGUUCUUCCCCGUCCUCGGCAAGUACGUCGUGCAAAUGCUCGAAGACGACCUCGAGCCAGAGCUCCAGCAGAAAUGGGCCUGGGACCGCGAAAGACCCGCCCCAAGCCUCAACCCGGACUGGCCCCGCUUCGAAAUGACCGAUCUGCUCGACCAGUGGCCAAAGGCGAAGUUGUAA